CCAAUCCGUUUUGGGAAGGCGGGGUUGAAUAUAUGAUUUGAGACCGGUUACGUAAGUUCCGAAGUUAUUUUCGAAAUGAGUUUCAACUACGGCCAGGGCUAUCCAGGACCAACUGGAGGUGGUAACUUCCCUCAUCAGCACCCACCUCCAGGUGCUCCGUAUGGGGUUAGCGCUCCACCCGGUGGCCCCUCUCCCCACGGAUCUCAAUACGGGGGAACCGCUCCCACAUCUGCACCCCCAGGACAAUAUGGAGGCUCGGCCCCGUCUGGGUAUGCGCCAUAUGGGGGUGCGGCUGUCCCUCCAGGGGGUCAGUAUGCUGGAGGUGCCGUUCCAGGAGGACCCUAUGGGGGGUACGGAGCCCCAGGACAGGGGGGGCAGUUUAGGCCAGGACCUGGGGGAGCACCAGGGGCCCCAUAUGGAGGAGGGCAGGCCCCUGGGGGGCCUUAUGGUGGAGGUUAUGGAGGACAGCCCCAGGGAGGGCCCUAUGGACAACAAGCCCCAACAGGUAACAUUCCUCCUGGAGUGAAUCCGGAAGCUCACCAGUGGUUCCAGACAGUGGACACGGAUCACAGUGGCUCCAUCAGCCUGAAGGAGCUGAAACAAGCCCUGGUGAACUCCAACUGGUCAGCCUUCAACGAUGAAACGUGCCUCCUCAUGAUCAACAUGUUUGACAAGACCAAGUCUGGUCGUAUGGACCUUUUCGGGUUUUCCGCCCUGUGGGUUUUCAUGCAACAGUGGAGACAGCUGUUCCAGCAGUAUGACAGAGACCGUUCCGGCUGUAUCAAUGGAACCGAACUGCACCAAGCCCUGUCCCAGAUGGGUUAUAACCUGAGUCCCCAGUUCACUGACACGGUGGUGGCUAAGUAUGCCGUGCGGCCCGGCCAGCCAGCCUCCAUACAGCUGGACAGGUUUAUCCAGGUGUGCACCCAGCUGCAGAGCAUGACCCAGGCCUUCAGGGAGAAGGACUCUUCCAUGACAGGAAACAUACGCAUGAGCUACGAAGACUUCCUCUCUACCACCGUUAGUAGGCUGAUGUGAGGAUGCCGAUGGAAAUGUCCACCGAUGACCCAGCGGUACGAAGGCCAAGUUAGCCCGAGUCCCUGAUCGGUUGUGCUAUGAUGCCUACUCCACCUUACAGCAGUGGAGUAGGUAAGAGAACAAGCAGAUCUGGGACUGGGCUAUACCAAGGGGCUACCUGAAGCCAACAUACCCUGAAAUAUUAAAGGUAAAUCAAGACAAUGAGGCUGUGGAAGAGAUAGGAGAUCCAGUUGUUAUCCGUUUCCAUGUCUUUGUUGUUGUAACAUAUUGUGUUUGACUGCAGUAGACUGCCUAAAUUAUGAUGAGGUGCCAAUAAAAGCAGUUACCUCUGUAGGUAUGUGCUUUGACCAACAUGCUCACAACCAGAAUGAGUGAGCAAUAAGGGCUUGAUAUUGCAUGGUUGAAAAUCAAUGUGCCAUUUAAACUUCGUGUCAGUUUGCUAGGGCCUGUUGCCAAAAUACGUUAAACCUCAUCACUGACAUGAAAGCAUGUCCCAUGGAUAUUUUCUCAUUUAAUCCAGAAGUAGGUUUAAGAUGGGUUAAUGGAAAGCGAAUCUGAAAGUGUACCUGGGUAACUUGCACAUGUAAAUUAUAUUUUAUACUUGGUAUGCUCAAUGUGCUGUUUUAUUGUGAAGACAAAUCAUGUUCUUUCGAGACAUAAUUACUUUUAUUGAAACAUUAUGGGAUUUUGGUUAUUUUGCUUAUUUGAAACAUGUUUAUAGUAUAACUGCAGUGCUUGAUAAUGGUGGUUGUAGCUAUGGUUGAUUUAUAAGUGCUGAUAAUCAGUGAUUUUUGUUUUUGAAGAAUUACAUUAACGACCAAUCUUUUUCAUGUCUUUUCAUUUGGGUAAUUUAGAAUAUUGUUUUUUUUACCACAUACUCUCACUAUAAUAAUAAAAUGUCAAAUGUU